GAAUAAAGCUAUUUAAUACACUCUCUGACAAAUUUGGUUUUAAAUACUUAAUUUUAAUUAGAAUCUAAUUUAAACAUAAUUAAAAUACUGCUUUUUACCAACAAAAACAUUGAGGUUAGAGAACUUUUUACUUCAAUGCUUAACCGUAAUCCGAGAAAACAAGUGAAAAAAUACCAACUUCUACUUUGGUAUUAAAUCACUUGAAUUGUUUUUUAAAUCACAUAUUUAUGAAGAUGAACUGAAUAAGGAUGAAUAUAGAAUGAAAACCGUAUCACUGUCAAGAAUUUCGACAAUCCAUUGUUCAGAACGCCAUUUCAGAUUUCGCUAGAAUCGUCUAGCAGCGUUCAGAGAGUGUGAGUGAGAGAGAUGCGCCGAAGGUUGCCGAAGGUGAUGGGUGGGACAUAAACAAAAGAUAGAAGAAGAAAGACAAAAGGAGAAUGAUAGGAAUAGGAAAGCAAUCAACCAAAACCGACAACCAUUUUUUUGAAAAAUCUAAACAGAAACUGACGUAAUAUUUUAUGUCAUAGCAGACGGCAAACUCUGUUGAUAAUAUUUGACACAGCUGACUCCACACAGUGAGUGACAGGCUACUCAUUCAGUCUGUGAUAUUCUAGUGGAUUGAAGGAGAUCACAAAUACAGUAGCUUGUUAUCUCUCUCUUUUGUGGAUGAGAUAACUCAUGAGUAUUGAAGUAUUAACUCGUGACUCAACAGUUCAAGUUUGCUUGAUAAAAUGAGUGAACAUCCAAGAGAUCUUAUACCGGAGCUAUGUCGCCAGUUCUAUCAAUUAGGCUGGGUUACUGGCACGGGUGGUGGUAUCAGCAUCAGAGAUAAGGAAGAAAUUUACAUUGCACCGUCAGGUGUUCAGAAAGAAAGACUGCAGCCGGAAGACUUGUUUGUUCAGGAUGUAUUUGGAAAGGACAUUUCGUUGCCAGCAGAUGAGAAACGACUGAAGCGCAGCCAGUGCACUCCACUCUUCAUGUGUGCUUACAGAGCAAGAAAUGCUGGAGCCGUCAUACAUACACAUUCUCAAGCUGCGCUCCUCAUAACUAUGCUGUAUCCUUUGAAAGAAUUCCGAAUAAGUCAUUUGGAAAUGAUAAAGGGAAUCAGGAAUCAGGAGCUGAACCGUAACUACCGCUACGACGAGGAGUUGGUGGUGCCGAUAAUAGAGAACACGCCCGAGGAGGCUGACCUGAGAGAGCGCAUGGAGGCCGUGAUACAGGCGUACCCGGCCACCUGCGCCAUUUUGGUUCGGCGACACGGCAUCUACGUGUGGGGCGACACCUGGCAGCAGGCCAAGAUCAUGUGUGAGGGCUACGACUACUUGUUUGAAGUUGUCAUAAAGAUGAAGCAGCUCGGCAUUGAUCCUCACUUGACACCGCAAAUGUACGAACUGAAGAUUCAGAAAGACUUUGCUACCAAUGGAGAGAAGUUGUCAUGACGUAUUAGCGUUCUGUAAAUAAUUCAUUUGAAAGGUGGGUCACCAUUUUACUUAUUUAUUGUCCUUUGCUUGAAAUAAGCGAUUGGCGAUUUUAAUACAUUUUU